AUGGGGUGGCGUUUGGGCCACACCCUGGCGCGACUGAGCUCUCGGCAAGCAGCUCGUUGCUACACGCCGCGGAUAAGAUUUCGGGCCGCCACAGGCGCCGCAGCGCGCACCUCGGAGGAGCUGCUUGGCGAGCUCCGCGGGAUCCUGACCAAGGGCGAUGGCAGCAUUGCGGGAGUCCAGCAGCUUUCCAACCAGUGGUUUGCCCUGGCGGACAAAGACCGAUCCAAAAGCAUCGGUGGCGAAGAGUUCCGCGAGCUGAUGGACACGGUGGGCCUGCACCUGCGGGAUAACGAGUGGAAGCUGCUCUUUGAGUACUUCGACCCGAAGAAAACGGGAGAGAUUUCAUACAGUGACUUCACCCAGACUCUUCGGGGAGAGAUGCCGCAAUUCGCUGCUUCCCUGGCCUUCAUGGAUCAGUACCGCGGCCACUACCCAUCCAACAUGGCGUCCCUGCGGCGGGUGAUGCCGAGAUUCGAUCCCGAGGAGACGGACGAGUGGAUAGAGUCCCUCGACGCCGUCCUUGGCACCCACGGUCCGACGAGGGCUCGGUUCCUUUUGCACGAGCUCGGUGACGAGGACAUGACUUUUCGUGCCUGCCGCUUGGAUCCCGUGUACAAGGGUGAUCUGGAGCUGGAUCAAGAGAAGGUUGAGUCCGGCGACAGCAGCAAAGGCACACAGCACUUAGCCGCUGCGGCCCAGAGCACGGCUUCUAGUAGCGCAGAGUCCCACGAGCAGCGCAGUGUCCAUGCGGUGCACAACGAGGAACAGCUCUCGCAGCUGGUAGCGAAUGCCAAUGCUGUUUCAGAGAAGGCCGUGUCCAACUUCUCCAUCGUGGACCUCCAUCUUCCAGGGGCACCUCCAAGCGACUCCCUUGUUCAGGGACUCGCCAAGGAGCUUCAUGGCGGGACUACCGUGAUCAUGUACAAGCUCGGAGAUGGCAUGGGCAGCGAUCCGAAUGCCCCCAAGGAGAUGACCCCCGAGGAGAAGGAGGAGGUCAGCAAAGCCAACGGAGGGAAAGGUGAUUCGAUGCUUACCUCAGCUUGGAAGCACAUCCGGGAGAUUCGCGCCAAUAGUGGCAACGUGGUGGCAAGUGUUGUGAGUGUGGUGGAUCCGGAGAACUGCUUGACCAAGCUACUGCUAGCAGUCCACAAAAGGCAAAGAAAGCUUCAAGAGGAAACGAGCGCACCGCCGCAAAAUGUGCUGGCAUGGGGAAACGUCAUCGGUGCCUGCGGCCGAACCAUCUCAUGGCGUGAGGCUCUUCUUCUCCUCCAGCGCAUGCCAGGAGAGCAGGUUGUGCCGAAUAUCGUGUGUCACAACGCAGCUCUCAGCGCCUGCGAGCGCAGCCGGAACUGGACGGCGGCCCUUGCUCUAUACGGCAGCCUGCGCAGCGCGCGCUUGAGCCCCACGGUGGCGACAGAGACGACGUUUCUUAGCGCACUGGCCCAAGGUCUCUGCUGGGAGGCGGCAGUUCGGCACCUGAGCCAGAUGCAGAAUGAAGGCGAUGCGAAGCCUAACGUCAUCACUUUUUCGUCAGCCAUCCGAGCGGCCGAGAUGGGCAGUGCUUGGGAGCAUGUGCUCAAACUUCUGAGCGACAUGCCAGGUGCAUCCGUCAAGCCGGACACCAUUAUGAUGACUUCCUGCAUCGGUGCCAGCUACAAAGCCGCGCAGUGGGCCCAGGCUGUUCACCUCUUUGACUGCUUGGACUCCAUGGGCUUGACACCGGAUGUUUUCUGCUUCAACAAUGCCAUCGCCGCCUGGGCCUCUCCGGGGCAUUGGAAGACGACCUUCACCUUGCUCCAACGAUUGAGGCUGUCAAAGCUACAGCCAGUGGGGGAUACUUUGACCUCCUGCAUCUCUGCGUGCGGCCAGGCAGCUCAGUGGGAAGCGGCGCUGCUUCUGCUGCAGGACCUGGGGACCGAGGUGCGCGCCGACUCCUUCGCCCAAGUCCUCCUCGCGUGCGCGCGAGGGGCGCAGUGGCCGCGAGGCCUCGAGCUGAUGGAGGAGAUGGCGCGCCGCGCCGUCAGGGGGGACCUAAGAACUUACACCGCCGCGCUCACCGUUUGUGAGGGUGGAAGCUUGUGGGAGCAGGCCGUGCGCCUUUUGUCAAGUGCGCCGGUUCAUGCGUCUUGCUGGGGAGUGGAUGCAAGUUGCAAAGAGGCCCCUGCAGCAUGGUUGAAACUGAAGGGGUGCUAG